AUGAGCGCGGGCCCUCAAAACCGUCAGACUAAAGUACAUUUUUAUUCUCUUGAACUGCGUUGGCGUACUCCACUACAAAACGAUCUAUCGGUUUUCUUCUGUUCCAAGGAUGUGACUGGCUAUCUGCUGCAAAAAUCCCCAGAACAGCUGGAGGUAGAUGAAUUACUGCCAGGAGACCGCACCAGUAAGGACACUUCCCUCGGCCUGAUUCUUGAGCAACCAAGCCAACUGAUCAACCUGCUAGUGCGUAUACCGAAGAGCGGUGCCUUCUACAAGCUCUAUCUCUACGCUGUGCCCAAGGAAGCGGACCUGCUUGGCUCAAUUCCACUCAUCUUCACCUACCUAAUCGAGGCACCCCUCAGGAUGACUGCCGCUGAGACGCCAUACAUAGGCUUCCAAGUCCCCAAGAGUCCUUCCUCUCCCCUGCUGAGGUACAUGCUUGCAUUUAUUUUGAUUAGGAAUAAGCGCGUCCGGCUGUACUUCUUACUCUAUCAAAUCACAUAUUGA